UUUUCCUCCACCAGCGGGUUGCGGGCGUCUGGCCCUUUUACGCGUGCGCGGGGCCGCGGUCCUCACAGAGCAUGCCCAGACUCCCACGUAGCCGAGUGUGUCCUUGCACUGCGCAUGCUCUGUGCCCGCAUUUGGCCUCGCCCUCGCUCCUACGCAUGCUCAGCCUCCAGGCCGCGGAGCUACUCACCCUGGCCCGGGCGGCCCGAAUAGCCACGGUGGGGUCCGGGUGCUGGCCACAGCAGAACCGUUGAGAUGCGGCUGCGGGCUAGGGCGCGCUCUCUGGGUCGGGCGGCGCGCGCUUGCGCGGGGCCGGGAAACUGGCGGGCGGUGAUGGCACCCACACCUGCCGCGGCUGGAACGUGACAGCCUGGCAGCUAGAACCUCCGCGGCCACCUCCUCAGCCUAUGCAGACCCUAUCGUACCCCUCACUCCGACCCUCGAGCCUGAGACUUUUUUUAGGAGAAAGACCCUCCUCCGGGGACAUAGCACGGAAGAUCUCCCUGCAGCUCACAUCUUGGCUGGGUCUCCCCAUCUCCCAGACUUGGUUAUUUGGAGCACCUUUGAGUGCCCCUCUGCAGAGACUGUACCUUGUAAUCAAAGAGCUAUGCACAUGUGUGUCCCUGAGGCUCUGGGUUCAGGAGAAACUCACACUGCAGAACGUGUACAGAGAGCCUUAAACAGUCACAGGAAUGUGAGGUGCAGGAGAACAGGAAGCCAGCCAACGAGCUCACCUCCCAUCAUCAGCACCACUUAUGAUGCACAGUGUACAGCGGGCUCACAAACACUCGGGAGAGGAAGAGAGAAGAAAGAUGUGUGCUUGCCAGAUAAACUGCAGGAUGGAGGGACUACUGCAUUACAUCAACCCAGCACAUGCCAUCUCUUUGCUCAGUGCCCUCAAUGAGGAGCGCCUCAAGGGACAGCUGUGUGACGUGCUCCUGAUUGUUGGAGACCAGAAGUUCCGAGCUCAUAAGAACGUCUUGGCUGCCAGCAGUGAGUACUUCCAGAGUUUAUUCACGAAUAAGGAGAACGAGGCACAGACUGUCUUUCAGCUGGACUUCUGUGAGCCUGAUGCUUUUGACAACGUUCUGAACUACAUUUACUCUUCUUCCCUUUUUGUGGAGAAGGGCAGCCUUGCUGCUGUGCAGGAGCUGGGGUAUAGCCUUGGUAUCUCCUUCCUGACCAACAUUGUUGCCAAAGCCCCUCAGGCUCCUUUUCCAGCCUGUCCCAACAGGAAAAGAGUGCCAGUGGAAGAUGACGAAAGCAGCUCUCAAAAGCGAAGUGUCAUUGUGUGUCAGGGCAGAAGCGAAGUGCCAGGGAAAGCCAGUGGUCCAGCCAUGCAGGACCUCAGCCAUGCUGCCCGGGCCUCCCCCAGUGGUUCAGUCAAGACCAGCACCACUAAGCCACAUGUGGCCAAGCCACCAGAGCAGUUUCAUAGUCUGUCCUUAACUGAAAAGAGCUGGACAAAGGAUAGUGCUGCAGUAUAUGCAAAGUCUAUGGAACAGCCUGGGGCUUUGGAUGAUCCUAAUAGGGGCAGUUUGGCAAAGAGAAAUACAGUCCUGCCCCCAAAGCCUUCACAGGACAGAGAGGCCACAGAUGAUAAACCAGGGGUGAGCAGCCAGCUUCCCAAGGGGAAAGCUAUAGAGCUGGCUCUGAAGAGACCACGGCCCCCUGUUCUGUCUCUUCAUAGCUCAUCAGAGACUCCAUAUCUCUUAAAAGAAACUAGCAAAGGAGGCGGUCAGGGGGAGGAUAGGAACUUGCUCUACUACUCUAAGUUAGGGCUUGUGGUCCCAUCUGGUGGGCCUGCUUCUGCAAACCAGAGCAUUGACAGAAGCGGCCCACUAGUGAAAAGCCUCCUCAGGCGGUCACUAUCUAUGGACAGCCAGGUUCCUGUUUACUCCCCCUCCAUAGAUUUGAAGUCAUCCCAGGGAUCAUCCACAGCGGCAAAUGAGGCACCGGGCAGUGUGUUCUAUGCGAUGUCUCAAAAAUCAUCUUUAAAAGAUUGCAGUGAAAAAAAAGCCCUGGAUGACAGGCCUCAAGUGCUCCAGCCUCAUCGUCUCAGGUCCUUUAGUGCUUCUCAGUCAACAGACAGGGAGGAGGCCUCCCCUGUGACUGAGGUACACAUUAAGACUGAGCCCAGCAGCCCACUGUCAGACCCCUCAGACAUCAUCCGGGUCACUGUGGGAGGAGAUGCAGCAGCAGCGGCGGCAGCAGCGGCGGCGGCGGCAGCGGCGGCGGCGGCGGCAGCAGCGGCGGCGGCGGCAGCUACGAGAGACCUGCCCCUCAAAACAGAAGAAGAACAGAGAGAUAUUAGCAGACUCCCAGCAAAGAGAAGGUUCCAGACAGACAGAAGGUCACCCUUGAAGAAGGCAAAGGCAAAUGAACACGGGCCUGCUGUCUCAGAAGAGAACUGUGAAGAGGGCAGGAGCCCUCCUUCCCUUGACAGCAACUUCCCAGAUUCUGACUUAAACAGAGAGGAGUUUGGUGAGUUGGAGGGGACGAGACCAAACAAAAAAUUUAAAUGCAAACAUUGCCUUAAGAUUUUUAGAUCAACCGCGGGUCUUCACCGCCAUGUUAACAUGUACCAUAACCCAGAGAAGCCUUACGCUUGUGACAUCUGUCACAAGAGGUUUCAUACCAACUUCAAAGUGUGGACACACUGUCAGACCCAACACGGCAUAGUGAAGAACCCAUCGCCAGCCUCUAGUUCCCAUGCAGUUUUGGAUGAGAAAUUCCAAAGAAAGCUGAUUGACAUAGUGAGAGAGAGGGAGAUUAAGAAGGCCCUGAUCAUUAAGCUGAGGCGCAGCAAGCCUGGCUUCCAGGGACAGAGUAGCUCCCCAGCACAGCAAGUCAUCAAGAGGAACUUGCGCUCCCGAGCCAAAGGGGCCUACAUUUGUGCCUACUGUGGCAAGGCAUACCGCUUUCUCUCUCAGUUUAAGCAGCACAUAAAGAUGCACCCGGGAGAGAGGCCCCUCGGAGUAAGCAGAGCUGCUAAGCCAAAAGAGCGGGCUCUGGCACGCGCGGUAGAGAGCAAGGAGGUUUACCCGUGCCGCCUCUGUAAUGCUAAGCUCUCUUCUCUUCUAGAGCAAGGCAACCACGAGCGCUUGUGCCGGAACGCCACCGUUUGCCCUUACUGCAGCCUCAGCUUCUUCUCCCCCGCGCUGAAGCAAGAGCAUGAGGACAGGUGUGAGUACAAGAAGCUGACUUGCCUGGAGUGCAUGCGCACCUUCAAGUCCUCCUUCAGCAUCUGGCGGCAUCAGGUAGAAGUGCAUAACCAGAACAACAUGGCUUUAGCAGAGAACUUCGCCCUGGCCACCCUGGACCACAACGGUGAAGUGGCAGCUGCUUCCAGGCCUCAGACUGAGCCCAGCAAGGUAAACCAUGUGGCCACUCCAAAAGAGGAUACAGCAUUUAGUGACUCUUCAGAGCAAGUGAACUUUGAUUCUGAGGAUUCCUCCUGCCUCCCUGAAGACUUGAGUCUUUCAAAGCAACUGAAAGUCCAAGUCAAAGAGGAGCCUGUGGAGGAGGCUGAGGAGGAGGCUCCUGAGGCUAGUGCAGCUCCUAGGGAGGCUGGCCCCAGCAAGGAGGCCGGCCUAUGGCCCUGUGAGAAAUGCGGAAAGAUGUUCACGGCACACAAGCAGCUGGAGCGGCACCAGGAACUGCUGUGUUCCGUGAAGCCCUUCAUCUGCCACGUAUGCCACAAAGCCUUCCGUACCAACUUCCGGCUCUGGAGUCACUUCCAGUCCCACAUGUCUCAGGCCACAGAGGAGUCUGUGCAGAAAGAAUCAGAGGUGUGUCCUGUGCCCACAAACUCCCCCUCCCCACCACCUCUACCACCACCACCACCCUUGCCCAAGAUUCAACCCCUGGAACCCGACAGCCCCACAGGCCUUCCUGAGAACCCAACCCCAGCUACAGAGAAGCUGUUUGCACCCCAGGAGUCAGAUACCCUCUUCUACCACGCCCCACCCCUUUCAGCAAUCACAUUUAAAAGACAGUUCAUGUGCAAGCUCUGCCAUAGAACAUUCAAGACUGCCUUCAGUCUUUGGAGUCAUGAGCAGACACAUAAUUAAAGGACUUACCCCUUUUACCUGUCACAAAGCAACAGGCCCUUGGCUUGUGAACUGUGUCCUAAGACAGAUUAUUUGAAAAAAAAAUAAUAAAGGUUGGAAAUUGUUAUGUUUGAA